CUUGCACUUUCUCAACCGUCUUGCCAAGAAUCUGAGAUCAUGGGUGAAAGGGCCUUCGACAUCGUCGUGUUCGGCGCGAGUGGCUUCACAGGUAGGCUCAUACAUCAAUGGCAGACAGUGCUGAGUAGAUGGAGCUCAGCAAGGGGGAUCGCAUGAUGACCAAUACACUUGAUCUCCGAGCGCUGGCAGCUCGCUGCAGCCGCAGCUUGAGCUGGCCGGCCGCUCUGAGAGACAAAAGGCGAAUCUGAGAUCUGCCCUGCCUGAUGAUCGCGUGUGCCAUCUUGUGCUGUGCUGUGGUGCAUGAAGAUCUCUGGUGCGAUGCAUGUCAUUGAGUGCGUGCUCUGUGUGUGUCCGUGUUGUGCAGGUGAGUAUGUUGUGUCGGCGCUCAAGGAUGGCGCUGCAAAGGAGGCCAGACCCAUCAAAUGGUAUGUAUGUAUGCUGAGAUCGAUCACUUGUAUGUGGGUCGGUCUGCAUGGAGCGUGUGUGUUAUCCUGUGUGUUCUACUUGGCUCAGGGCGGUGGCGGGUCGGUCGGCAGACAAGCUGAAAGGUGGGCAUCCCCCAUAGGAAGAGGCAUGGCACUUCCAGCACGAGUGGGUGUAUGGCUGACGGAUGGCUUUCUUUCUUCCCUGUGCUCACACGUGUGUGCUCAGGUGUGUUGGAGCGUGUGGGUGCUGCCGACAUCCCCACGGUCAUUGCCGAUGUCAGCGAUGAAGGUAAGUCAGACACCCGCCAACCACAAGGGAGGCCUCCAUGGUGCGGGUGCAUGUAUGUGUCGGCGACCGACUGCAUGUCUGUCUGCCUGCCUGGGUGCAGGCUCGAUGAAGGCCAUGUGUGAACGGACUAAGGUCCUGCUCAACUGUGUCGGCCCGGUGAGUGAGUGAGUAAGUGAGUGAGGGGGGGUGAACCGUAGUAUCGAUUCCAUCCUUCAUGCAUGUCUUGUCUUGUUUAAGUUUCGUUACCACGGCGAGGCGGUGGUCAAGGCUUGUGUCCAGUGCGCCACACACUACCUCGACAUAUGCGGUCAGUCAGUCACUGAGUAUGUGCUGGCUCAUUCACUCUGUCCGGACGUCUGUCUGUUUUGUCACGUGCUGUGCUGUGCUUGUCGUGCAGGCGAACCGGAGGUAGGCAGGGCAGGGCAGGCUAGGCUGCUCGCCUCGCGCCUCUCCACUCACAUUUUCUUCAUCCAUCCAUCAGCCUUGCCUUGACUGAUUCCGUGCCGUUCUUGACGGUCACGUGUGUAUGGUGUGUUGUGUACACGUCAUGCAGUUUUUGGAGAGGAUGGAGCUCAAGUACCACCAGCAGGCGCUAGGGAACGGAUGCCUCAUCGUCGGAUCCUGCGGAUUCGACAGCGUGCCGGCAGACAUCGGUUCGCAGGUGGCGCGAGAGCAAUUCAAGUCGCCAGCGGUGCCCUACAAGGUCGAGACCUUCCUGCAGCUCACCAUGGGAGAGGCCGGUGAGUGAGUGAGGCCGAGCCAGCCAUUUGACGUACGUGUUGCAUGUCUGGCCUUCCGGCUGCUUUGGUUUGGUUUUGGUUUGGUUUGGUUUGGUGUGUCAGGCGGGAGCAUUCACUACACAACCUACCAGUGUGCUGUGGAGGGAUUCGGCAGCGCUGCAGAUCUCUCCAAUAUCAGGAAAGAGGUGACUGACAGGGUGACUGACAGAGGGGGACAGACACAGGCAGAGAGGAGCAUCUGUGUGUGUCUGUGUGUCUGUGUGUGUGGUGUGGUGUGCGGUGUGUGUGCAGCUGGCGCCGAGCAAGCCCAAAGUGACGAAGCUGGGUGCUAAGCCGAAGCUUGAGAAGGGGCCGUUCAGCGACAAGAGGAUGCCGGGCAUGAGUGGGUUCCUCUUCCCGGGAGCUGACGCAUCCGUGGUGAGUCAGCCGGGUCAGACGAUGGAUGGAUGGAUGCAUGGAUGAAUGGAUGGAUGGAUGGAGAGACAUACGCACCUUCCUGCGUGUGUGACUGUGUGGUUGUGUUAAGAUAAAGCGUUCUCAGGAGUCGUUCACCGCUGCUGACCCCAGCUAUGUGUCGUUUCAUCCCGCAUGCUACAUACUGGUCGGUGCGGUGACCGAUCGUCCAUCACAUCGACCGACCACCCACUCACUCACUCACCUCACCUACUCAUGUCUCUCUGUGUCCUCCAUGCAGCUCCCCGACGGCAAGGCCAAAUACUUGAUGGUGAGCGACACAUGGCCUGCCUAUGUGUGAUGCUAUCGCAUAGCAUAUGGUGGGUCUCUGUCUGUGUGUCGGCCAGAUGCUGUUUGGGGGCAUGUUCUCUUUCCUCGCCAAGUACUCCCUCGGCCGGCAGCUGCUGCUGGCCGCUCCAGGAAUCUUCACAUACGGCAUGUUCACACACUCAGGUCGGGGACCGGACCCACUCACCCCGACAGACAGGCAGAGACAGACAGACGCAUUGCAUCGUGAAUGAAUGAACGCAUGAUGCUGUCUGUGCUCGUAUAGGUCCGACGAAGGAGCAGGUGGCUCAGGGCGGCUUUGAGAUGACCAUCUUCGCAUCGGGGUACAUCACACGCAGCCAUACGCAGCAAUGGAUGGAUGGCCGCAUUGAUCUGUGCGUGUGCGUGUGCGUGUAGUUUCUCGAGCACUCCCACGGACAAGGAUGCCAAGUCAGACCUGGACGUGACGGUCAAACUCAAGGGGCCAGGUAGGUCGGCCAAUCCCAGCAGUGAGUAUCCCAUCACCAUGCGCCCCUGCCGGACUUAUCUCCCGCACCGCCCCUGUGCAGAGAUUGGCUACGCCUUCACGAGCAUGUCCAUCGCCCAGCUGGGCCUUUGUCUACUGGAGGAAAGGGUACGCAGCCAGCCAGCCAGCCAGCCAGCCAGGCAGCCAGGCAGCCUUCAUUCCUUUCCGUGUCUGUGUCUGUCUUUUGUGGCAUCCAUCACUCAGGACAAGAUGCCCGCUGGCGGAGUGCUCACGCCCGCCUUUGCCUUCGACAAGACCAAGGCAGUCGACCGGCUGAAAGCCAAUGGGCUCAACGUGACCAUCGAGUCGGGCGCCAGCACAGCCACAACUGCACGCUGAACAGCAACUGGAUGAGCGGGUGGGCGCAUGUGGCUGCUGCAUCAUGGUCGUAUUGCAUGUCGUCAAGGC